UUCACCAUCAUUUACGUGAUCUAAAAGGAACGAUUAUGUGUGCCAUAUGGGGCUCAGACCAUACUGUAUUUUUUGCAAUUUGUAUGUUCCCAGUUUGAUAGUUUAAUGUUUAAACCUAUUAAUAUUGGCUUAAGUUAUCUGGUACAAAUUGUUGAAGUAGUGAUGUGUGUAAAACGCGUUGUGUUCCUAGUUGUAACCAUUACCUUUAUCCAUUUAUGUUGAAUGUGCUUAGCAUGGUUUUUUGUUUUCAGUAUCAGAUGGUAUAUUUGCUGCAAAUGAUUUUUGUCAGUUCUACUGUAUGUAUAAGUUGUAAGCAUAUGUGGUAUUUGAAUAUAGCAUUUGUUAUGUAGUGUUUUACUGCACAUUCCUUGUUUGUGGCAAACAUCUAUGUUGUAGUAAGCAUAGGUGUUUUUGGUAAAGUAAGCAGGUGUGGUCAUGUUGUUUUUUUUUAAGAUGUAUAUUAUAUCUGUACUUGCUGACGACAAUAUAUGGCGGACUAUUUUUAAUAACAAUUUUCAAAACACAGGUAUGGUUUUGAUUUUCCUAAUGGCUACAUGGCUAAUGUUGAUUAUCAUGUUGUAAAUGUUUUGGGAAAAAUACAUACCAUAAUGCUAAAAAAAUGUCAGUGUCACAAAGAAGAGCAGCCCGUAGUAGCAGGACAAAUGUUGCACAGGAGGAUGCUGCUGCUACUACAGUCCCAUCCAGGCCACACCUUAGUCCGCAAAUGCGCACAGGACAACCAACAUCCAGCCGCAAACACGUGGCGUUGAAAAGACCACGGCCAGAUCUCCCGAUGCCCACAUCUGCAUCUCCCCCUCACAGAUGCAUCUCUACUGUGUCCUCAAGGCCACCAUCACAAUUACUGGCACCUUCCCCAACACGGGAAGCAGAAUCCCCUCAUCUGGCUGAUGAUGACAGCAUGCCCACGGACCAGCAUACACUGCAAACUGAUGCCACGUUUGAUCUGGAUCUCCGCCCAUUACAGACAACGCAACCUAGCACGGUACCUGUGGCCACGCCUCCACAACAAACAAGUCCGCAACCAAUAGUGAGCCCAAGUACACCACUGGCUCAAACUGAAGAGCAGACAUUUUGGGCCAACUGGGCAAACCACCAGAGGCUCAAUUCAGACUGUCUCCAAAGACAAAAUCAGCUGCUGGCAAGUCUGCCACAUUUCAUGCCACGCAUAAGUCGAAAUCUCAGCAGAGAACAUUUGGAAACCAGUCGUGUGGCGACUUGUCUGGAGCAAAUGCGGGCAGAAAACAGCACCAUGAUGACCACUUUACAGAGAAUUCUGGAUGAACAAAUGAGGCAACACCAAAACUACCUGCAUCUCCUUGAAAGGAACAAUAGCCUUACAGAAAGUCUGGGUAGAAUUAUAGAGAAUAACACGGCCUCCAAUAACCAAUUAAAUGCUACACUCACUAACUUAAGCCACAACAUAAGUGCUUUACACUCCCAACAAGCGAGCACUAGCUCAGGAACUACAGCUCCAAUAAAUACCCCAGUGACCUCCCCAAUAAGGAGGUCAAGCAGAUCAAGACCUCAUGUCCCUGGCCCCACCUCUGAAGCCUCCAAGGCUACACGAAAAAAAUAAAGCCAGCCUCUGCAGAUGGCAGAUGCAUAAAUGGGGUUAACACUGUCUGUUGACGUUUGCAAUGUACACACUUUCACACUUUAAUAAACA